ACAAGAUGCUGAUGUAAUGAUAUCAUGUGGGGUUGACCUGAGGACAAAGCAUAUAUAGCUUGUGUUGCAGGAAACACCAGCAGCACACCACUUCUGCUGUCUGUGCAAACAAACAUGUCCUCUAACUUGCUGACUUGACUGCUCAACUUUGAUGAAUAAUUUGUCGUUCUGAACUCAACAGGUGAUUGUGGUGAUCAUUUUGAGCUUCUUUGACAUGAUUAACUUUUCUUUGUAUGUGUUGCAGUUUACUGGUAUAACAAGCCAGAAGAGUCUUUUUUUCUUCACAUAUCGUUCUGUAAUGUUGUCUGUGUUGCAGCCAAAGGCUAAUAUUACCACUUAUUUGCAGUAUCUACCAUCACAUGAGCUAAUGUUUUUUAGCAUGUUAUCUGUGGGAUCAAGCUGCUCUUUCUUCUACAUUAACAGUGUUUUGCUGUUCACCCUGAGGUCAAAGCAGGUGUUCUGUGAGACAUCCCGUUACAUCCUGCUGUUCAACCUGCUCUUUGCAGACACUGCUACACUGGUGUCGAACCUUCUACUAUACUUUCUGGCUUCUUUAGGGCUAAGAAUUUCAUAUUAUGCAUGUGGUCCCCUCAUUCUGCUCUCAGUUUUAACUGUCACCAUCUCCCCUCUCACCUUGGCUGUGAUGUCAUUUGAGAGAUUUGUGGCUGUGUGCUAUCCUCUGAGGCAUGCUGCCAUCUUUACCAUGAGAAGCCUGAGCAUCAUCAUUGCUCUGGUGUGGGCCUUCAGUUUUAUUCACAUCCUCAUUCGAGUUUUUAUGCUGUUAUAUGUGUUCACAACAACCUCCCUUGAUCUGCAUAUGAAUGACUUUUGCAGUAAGGAAGCAAUGUUUUUUGCACCAAUCUUUAAUUAUUUUGAAGAAGCAUAUUCCAGCAUUCUCUUCCUGUCAGUUGGUGCUGUAAUCUUUGCCUCCUACAUUGGUGUAGUUCUGGUAGCCAGGUCUGCUUCAACAGACAAAGCCUCAGCUAGAAAGGCUCUUCAAACACUUCUGCUUCACCUGAUUCAGCUGAGCCUGAUUCUUACAUCCACCUUGAGCUCCACCAUUUUAACAUCCAUUGCUAGAAGAGUAGGUAGAUUAACCCUCAUGCGGAUUUACAAUGUAUGCUUUGUGUGCCUGACUAUCCUUCCAAGAUGUCUGAGUGCUCUCAUCUAUGGGCUCAGGGAUCAAACCAUCAGGCCUGCCCUCAGGCAAAAUCUGUGCUGUCGAUGGAGAUGCUCACUUUUCCGAAACAAGAGCCACUAACAAUUUCAAGUGAAUGCUUUUCCAAUACACACUCUGCUUUUCAGCAUGUUACACCAUGUUGCUAAAUAUUUAAGAAGGACAAUAAUAAUAAUAAAACAAUGAUAUGUGGUUAUUCACCAUUUACAAAAGUGAUGAUUGUAUGGAAAGGUUUUGUGUUAUUGGCUUUAUUACAUGUCUCUAAAUUAUUGUUCUGCUUGAAUAACGUAA